CGCGCUCCACACUACGCGGUCUUCUCCCGCACGAAUCGCACGAACGUCGCUCUCGUAAAAGUUUUGGCGCGAAAAUUUCCGUCUGCGUGAUUUAAACAACUUUCGUCAUGCGGCAGUUAUCAAAACUGCCGUUUUCUCAAAAUUCGUACUCAUCAUGAGCUUACCUUUUCAUUUUUUUUUCAAAUUUAUCUUCUUCAAAACUGAAUGUCAGUAAUGGAUUGUUGCAACUACCUGCAAUAUAAACAAUCAUUCUACCGGCCGCAAUUUUACGAAAACGGAUUUUACAAUCGAGAUUACUACGGACAUCCAUAUCAAAGUUACUAUGCCCAUGCAAACUAUUACUCUCAGCAGUGGCCUAAUUCAGCUUCACUUUCAGAUUACGUUUACAAUCCCAAAGAAGCGCGAAUUAGGAAGGCAAUGCGUGAAUCCUCCAGAGAUCAAACACUUGGGGCAGCGCCCACUACUUCUCCACGAGGAGGACGUCGAACGCAGACUUGGCUGAACGGUCCAGAAGAACACCUGAUGAUGACUCCACCACCGCCAGACUUGAGUAGUCAAAUGUGCGGCAACCCCAUCUUUCCAGGACACCCUUCGAGUGUGGGCCAAUUUAUGCCACCUAUGAACGCGUAUACGAAGCUGGUGCACGUUUUACCUUCCAGUGGGUGGUUACAAGAUUCUCCCACAUACAUGCAGCAUAAUCCUAUGGCCGAAUUACAACACCACCAAGCGCAUAUGUGGCAUCAGUAUCAAGAGUCUUUGAGGCCGUGUGCAGAUCCGUCUUACAUGCUGCACUCGCACCCUCCUCCCUACCAAGAAACGAACGGUAACGAUUUACAAUCGCAUAAAAAAUGCAAAUCACAAACAGACGAAUUGCUCGCGACAAAAGUUGAGAAUAGGGCGAAACUGGAAAAAAUAGAGCGCAAAGUCGAUAGCACUUUUUUACCCGCCGAAGAGACGGUCAUUGUACAAAACCCAUUCGAUGGAGACGACGAGGUGAAAUUGAAAAAACAAUCUUCAUCCAUGUCACACCCGAACGGUUCCGUAAAGGCGCUGCCCGAUUUCAAUGAAGCUUUUGGUUCAACAGAACGAGGCCGAUUUCAAAGUCCGCCCGAUCCACGGCUGGCACCGAACAAAAGCUAUCUAGAUUCCUUUCUGCUUAACGACGGAAUCAAAUUCUACGACUAUCACGCUUAAAUCGUUUUCAGUUGGCGUCGUUAUUGUAAUCAAAAAAAAUUUAGACAGCAUGGUUUUCUUCUUAGUUUACCUUUGGUUUGGAUUUUGAAAAAGAAUUGUGCCUUCCAAAAAGUUCUUCCUUCCUUUCCCUUCUCUUCCGUUUAGUUUUUGAACAAUUUAUACAUAUGAUUUGGGACCAAGGUUUCGAUUUAGUUGUUUCUAUUUUUUUUUAAACAAUUGUAAAUAUGCAAGAAUCAAAUUUAGAUUAGGAUAGGAUUAAAACCAAACAUUGGCAAGAUAAUGGCGCUCCGCCCGCGUUUGGAUCCCACCCCGCAUGUGCUCCCAACCCUUCUCGCUACCAAUCCGCCGAGUAUGAUGUAGGUAUCAGUUUAGAAUUUACCGUUACCGCUGCCAAUUUUCUUGUUGCCAAUUCGCUUCUAUAAUUCUGUGCAAACCUCGACGGAACCCGUGGCAGUUUAUUGUAAAAUAAAAUUACGUAAUAAUAUAAGGUUGUGCCUUAGUAGAUAUGUCAAAGAGAAAAAUAUUACCAAAUUAAGAAAAAUUGUAAGAUAGAGCUUCCCGAAAAUUAUAAUAAUUUCUAUUUGGGAAAUUGUAUAGAUACAAAUUUAUCAAACUAUGCUUCCCAAAUUAAUAGCGAAAUAUUCUAAAUCUUCCUUUAGUCUUCAAACGUCAUCAAAAGUAAAUAAUAGUAAUUUUUGGAUUGGUUUCCGAAUUUUUAUAGCCAAGAGGAUGAACGAAACGUAGCGACAAAGUUAAAGUAUAUAUAUUUAACAAUGGUAGUAACUGUGGUCCAUAAUUUAUAUCUUAAUUAUAAUAUUAUUAUUGUGAUGGUGAUUUAAGUAGUUAUAGGCAAUUAACGACACCAGAUAAUACUGUACAAAUAUAUUAACAAAAACGGUUACAGAUUUCCAAUAUAAAUUAUAUUGUAUGUU